ACGUCCAAUUUGUUUUUUAACCCUGAGGGCGACGAUUGUAGUCCAGAUGAUGACGAUCCUGAUUCUGAUAGUGAUAGUUCUCACAGCGACCGUUUGAGUUCUAGUGACGAGAGAGACAGUGAAAGUGACCAUGAAGAAAUUAAUGAACCUUUGAACUCACCUCUAUAUAAUGGAUCUCCGAUUACAAUUGGCGAAAGUAUCUUGUCUCUUCUAAUGCUAGUAAUACGGCAUAAAAUAAGUCACGUUCUAUUAACUGAUAUUAUCAAGAUUAUUAGUCUUCAUUGCCCUAUCCCGAAUUUUUUCCCAAGAACUUUAUAUAAAUUCAGAAAAUUCUUCAGUGAGUUUGGUUUGCCAAUAAGACGUCACUACUUUUGUUCCAUCUGUUUUUCCAAGUUGGAAAAUUCUACAAGCAAUAUUGAAAAAUGUAAGGAUGCCAAACAAUGUUAUUUUAUUGAGCUUCCGUUAAUUGCCCAAUUAUUACGUUUGUUUAAACGCGAAGGAUUUUAUAAUUUGUUAAAUACUCGAUUUGACCGUCAACAUGAUCCCCUGAAAAUAAAAGUGAUAUUUGGGAUGGUGAAAUUUAUAAAAAUCUUAGUUCUCCGAAUCAAUUUUUAUCAAACCGCAAUAACAUCUCUUUCACGUGGAAUACGGAUGGAAUUGAUUUAUAUAAAUCAUCCAAAUUCAUUAUCGUUUUCAUUGCGAUCGCAAUUGAAAAACGUUUUGAUUGCUGGGUUUUGGUUUGGCCCCACGAAACCUAAAGCUAACGUCUUUAUGAAUUCAUUCCGUCAGAGAAUUGAAAAUAUUUACAGCGGUAUUUUUGUGAGAAUUCCUAAUCAUCCGAACGCCAUAAAAGUUAGAGGGAUGAUAAUUUGUGGAACGUGUGAUUUACCGGCAAAAACAUGUUUCUUAAAUAUGAAAGGGCACAACGGGAUUUACGGUUGCUGUAAAUGCAAAAUCAAAAGUCAGAAAGAAGGUAAGACUCGAGUUUUCCCUUACGAGGAACAAAUGAAUCCAAGGGCUACUGAAGAAACUGUUCAGCAGGGAGAACGAGCGUUCGAGACUGGAGAAUCGGUUGAAGGUGUCAAAGGACCAACGACAUUGUCUAAAAUCGUUUUAGAUUUUAUUGACACCACGAGUAUCGACUCAAUGCAUUGUGUUUUUCUUGGCAUUGUCAAACAACUCAUGCGUCUUUGGUUGGACUCAAAAUUUCAUAAAUCUACCUUUUCUCUACGCGGCCACAUAAAUUACAUCAAUCAAACUAUAAAAAAUAUAAAUCCACCUUCUUUUACUCACCGAUUGCCUCGAUCAGUAUCGGAUUUCAAAUAUUGGAAAGCUUCUGAAAUGAAAUACUGGCUUCUGUAUUACUCC